AUGGACUUUGUUAUCAAGAAGGGAAAGGUUAGGCAGGGUGGGAAGGGUCGACCUAAAGUUAGGUGGGGCAGUCUGACUCUGGUUUGUGCUUUAGAGAUAAAGGCUAAUUUAGAGCGGAAGAAGGGGUGGGAGCACAGAGGGAAUGAAAAUAGUAUGUGGGAUAGGGUUGCUGGUUACAUCAGAGAGUCUGCUAAGGAGGUGUUGGAGCUGUAUAGAGAAAGGAAGAGGGAUCUUCACAUGGUUUUUAUUAACUUGGAAAAGGCUUAUGACAAGGUCCAUAGGGAGGUUCUUUGGAGAUGCUUGGAGGCAAGAGGUGUCCCAGUAGCAUACAUCAGAGUGAUUAAGGAUAUGUAUGAGGGGGCAAAGACUCAGAAUAUACAAGGCGAGGUGCCUUGGUGUAUACUUUUUGCGAAUGAUAUAGUGUUUAUUGAUGAGUCGCAACAGGGGGUUAAUGAUAAACAGGAGGUUUGGAGAAAAACCCUAGAGUCUAAAGGUUUUGGGUUGAGAAGGAACAAAAUGAAGUACUUGGAAUAUAAGUUUAGUGACUCGAGGCAUGAGGAGGGCGUGGUAGUGAAGUUGGAUUCUCGGUCGGUUUACAAGAGCGAUACUUUUAAUUAUCUCGGGUGUACGAUUCAGGGGAAUAGAGAGAUAGAUGAGGAUUUCACUCACCGUAUUAGGGCUGGUUAG